AUGCACACAUGAAAAAUGAAUUAGAAGGCCCACAUAUUCAUUUCUGUGGAGCUCUAAGAGUGACAAAGGUCUUUCCCAAGCAAUAGUGAUUGCAGAUGUUAGCUGUAUUUUACAGAUGAAUACACUGAGGUUCAGAGAGGUUUGCUCUUAAUCACUAAAGUGAGUGAACUCAAAUCCAGGUCUUCUGACUUUUGAUCCAGUGGUCUUACUCAUUAUGUGUAUCACAUAACAUAGUGUGGUAUAAAUAGACAUUGUACACUGAGGUGGUAAUUUUACCUAGCAGCCUUACUACUUAGAGGAUUUCUCCUUUUUCUGAAAGUUCUUUGGGUACAGUAUAUUUUAUUGCUUUCCUUCUGAAUCCUUGCUUAUUUAGCCAUGUUAAAGAUUUGUAGGUGAGCUGCUGGUCAUUUUUAUUUCCAUCUCACCUUCCCACCCCCUUUUAUUACGAGAGGAUUCUUCUGGCCUUUGUAUUGAUGUUUAUAAAUUCUAAAUUCUUGUCUCAGCAAUGUGUAUUAAUUAGCUCAUUACUGACUCCUCUCAGUACUUUCUCCUUGACAGAUUUUGUUGAUGGAUUGCUAAAAUCCUCUGAAUAAAUCAAUGGGUUACAUUACUAAUGUUCUCGGCAAAAUGAUAACAGAAAGAGAACUCGGUUUUCUGUGAAUCCUGUGGUCAUUACUGGUUUUAUUCUGAUUUCAACAGGCAGUAGUUAAAGGUUGUCAUGGAUUGAGGGAAUUGAGUUGCUGAGGUUUAGACUGUAAGAACUCAACCUUAGGUUUCUAUUUGCUUGAAUUUGAAUAUAGUUUAAGUUCUAAGUAUUAAAUAUCUCAUUCAAUAAGAAUAGAAGGUAGGUAACUUAUUGUAGGUCUGAUUCCUUUCUAAGACUAAGAUUCUUGUUCUUAGACUAAUAAGACUAAGACUAAUUCUACUUGUUUAACUAUAAUGGAAUUCUGUUCUAGUGAAUGAAUUUGGUACAGUCAACUUUAUUUACAGACAUGAGGGAGGAGAUUAGAGACCAUUCCAAAAGAGGAUCAGUUUAAGCAACUAGGAAGACUCAGGUUGGUUGGGAGAAAACUCACCCUGGACAUGGUGGAUGUUGAAUUUGUGAAUGAUACAGAGUAGAUGCUAUCUGGAAAAGAGGCUGGGGUUAUCACCGGGAUGAAGAAAGGAUGAAUGUGGAGUUCAGUCUAUCAGGAGUAUAUGAUAUGUACACAAAUAACAGUACUUGUAAAUAGAACCCAAGUACAUAUGAGAAGGACAGACAGUGUCAUUCAAGAUGUGAAGAAGGAAGUAUUAUUUUUGACAAAGUGAGUGGGGAUGGCAGGCUUCACUGAGAGGGUUGUGAUGUUUGAGCUUAGUUUGAGCUUGAAGGACAGGUAGGGUCUCAGUAGUCUACUGAGGAGAAGGGAAGAUAUUAUGGUCAGGAAAUUGAAUCAAUAAACAGAAUAUUUUAGGGUUACAGCAGGAAAAAAGCUACCCUUUUGGUGUAUUCCCUCCAAAAGAGAAGACAGUCCUUAACCACAAAGUGUAUACCUCCAAGAAUUAUAGAAAUGACUCUGGUGAGUCUUAGCUAUCAUUUGGUUAUAAAUAGACUAAAUUCCAAAAAGGAAAGUGACUGAUCCAGGUUUACACAGCUGGUCAGGGCUCCUGGCUCCCAGUUCAGUGGUCUUCUAGUAUCCUACUGCGCACACUACUACUCCAUCCUGAAAACAUUUUGAAUUUCUUGAAUGACUUCAAUUUCUUAAAUUUAUAGGAAAGAAAUCACCUAUUAUCUAGGUGACUAAAGAAAUUAAUCAAUGAAUUUAAGUCAUUAAGAAUUACAACAAUAAUCUUUCUGCCAUGGGGUCUGACUACACUCUCAGAAAGCUUCAUCAAGUCUAAUUACUUUGGAUUAACAUACCUGUUAUCACAAGGCCUUUUUGAACUUCUGAGAGAGCAUUCCAAGUAUGUUAUAGACCAAAAACCUAGUACUAGUAUUCAAGAGGACAUGGCUCUUUUUCAUGACAUGGUGGAGUCUUAAUUAGCUUAGGAAUUAGGAUAUCUUCAAGAAUAAUCAUUUACUUUUGAGCCUUUUUCCUGCUUUGAUAGAAAUAUAUUUAUCAUUGAAAUAGAACCAAAUUUGGCUCAUGAAGAAUCGAUUUCUUGGGUAAAAACAAGGCCCAGCGUGGCCUAGAAUGACUCAUUGAAAUUUUAAUAUUUAUCAAAGUCAAAAUAUAUCAAAGUAAUAUACCUUACAAAAAUAUAUGUGAUAAAUUGUCAAGCCAAAGUAAUGGAGUUGUUACUUGGAGCUAAAUCCAAGUUAGAAUAGUCUAGCUUAAAAUUACUUGAAUUUUUAGAAAUAUGCUGGUUGCUAAUGAAUAUGUACAUAUAGAAAGAUAAAAUCAUAAAACAUUAGUAAUAGGAAGGGGCCUUGGGAAAGAGAAUGUCCAAACUGUCGGGGACUUUUGGUACAGAACAAAUUUUCAGUAUUAGAAAGCAGCUUAAAAAUAAAAAGUGGAAUGUUAAAGAUGGAUCAGAUUAUUAGAACAGAAAAUAUUUACGCAUUACUCUUACUAUUUGCAAAGUGCUUUGAUCACAGUGCUGUUCUGAGAGGGAGGUAGCUUCCUGCACUGUGUUUUACGAAAGAGGAAAUAGAGGCUCAGAGAGCUAAUAGCUAGUAAAUUUUAGAGAUGGGAUGGGAAGCCAAGAGCGUUAAAAGCAAUUUUCUGCUCAUUCCUUGUAUCAUACUGCUUUUAUUAUAGAACUUAUUAUAUUAUAGAAAAACUCUCCAAAAAUGACUUAGUGCAAGCGUUCAUUAAAUGCUUAAUAUGAGCAAGGUGUUGGGAGAAGAUAAAAAGAAAGGCAAGCUAUUGUUCCAGCCCUCGUGCUGUUUAUAACUUGUCAGAAGAUUGUAUAUAUUUCCUCUCCCUUUGAAGGGAAUUGCAAAUUUUCCCCAAAUCUUUGGAAGAGAAUAAAUAUUUAUCACAUGAGCAGAGAGUGAACAACCUGUACGAGACCCUUGGACUGGUCUAUUUGCUGAGCAUAGCUAGAAAGAAAUGAUCACUCUGGGUUAAUUGGAACGGCCCUUUCAGAUGGUUAUCUUCAUUAGAUAGCAAGCUUCCUUUCCCUUUCUGAUGAGGCUGACUCAUGCUCUAGCGCCUUAAUUUUAUUUUUCCAAUGCGGAGGACAAAAAGGGCCGCUCCCAGAGAAAGGAGCGGAGUCCUUAGGUGGGUGAUGAGCAGUGGCCAGUUCCUUUUUGGCCACUCCUAGUAAUCAGACAUUGACCCAGUACUUCAGGCACACAAGCAGCUGUGGUGAGGAGUGUUGGUAUCAUUAUUCUCCUGGAGGAAACAGGCUUUAUUCCAGACUGAUGUGCUCAGGGCCCCAGGAGGAAUAUCAGAGCCAGGGCUAGAGCCAAGGUCCCUUGAUUGCCAGACCCCCUGUUCUUCAUCCUAUACCACACUGCCUCUUCUCUUGUGUGUCAGAGGACUGGAGUUUACAUCCUGCCGGGCACUGACACUUUUUGACAGGACAACUGGGACAUGAUCCCUUCCUUCUUUAAAUGGAGGUGCCAGUGCUGUCUGUGAAGUCAUUAGAGCAUUUGUAGUGCUGCCCUGGGUCAGAAACUGAUAAUUAAAAGUCUUGAGAGAAUAUCUACAUACAGAGACAAAUGUGUCAUUAUUUAUUUACCUAGAACUUAUUAAAGGGGGCAUACAGGCACUCCCAGUUUAUGUAGACUGCGGUCCUUUCACCCCUCAGGAUAUGAUCUUGAGCUGCUGUGGCUGGAGUUGGACCAUCCUCCACCCUUUCCAGCUUGGUAGGCUCUUGGACCUCAUUGGCCAGGUCUUUGAAAACCAGGGUCAGGCAACAGGGGAAGAGCAAAAGGUGUGGGCAUGUAGCAGGGAUGGCAGGGCAAGUUUGAGUUUUAGAAAGUGAGCUGCCUUUGCCAUCAGAGAUCCUGGGCCCCUCUCCUGGCUCUGAUUUGGGGGUACCUGAAUUAUGCUGAGGGAGUCUCUUCACCUGAGCUCAGCUGCAAGGGCCUUUUCCAGCUUUGAAAUCAUUUGUGGAUAAGCCAAGGCCAUGACCUUGCUUCCUGGUGCAAAGUGCCACUCGUGACGCUCUUGCUCUCCCAGGUCUCAGCGCAAGAUCAUCUGGCCACAAAUUGUAAAUGAAUUGGGAAGAGUAAAGUGCUGAUAAGAGCCUCAGAAUCUUGGGGUUAUUUCUUAGCUGAUGAUUGAGCUUGCUUUGGUGGCAGGACCUGCAGUGAGAAGAGCGCUGGGCUGGUGUUGGGGACACUUUGGGACAAAGUCUCAGCUCAGUCAUUAAUAAGCUGUGGCCUGGGGGAAGUGCUGGCUGUUGAGAGAUGAGAAACUUUGCUGGUACAGAAGCACUAUGAGAACAGUCUGUCCUCCUGUUCGGGCUGUUUGCCUGCAUUGGUAACGACUGCUCUUCCCUUGACCAGUGGGGUUAGAAGCUGUACUAGACACUGGAAGAUACGAAUCAUCUUGAAAGUGGUUGACCCUGGCAGGAUGUGUCGACGAUGAUGAUGGCAAGGAAGCAAGAUGUCCGCAUUCCCACCUACAAUAUCAGUGUGGUGGGAUUGUCGGGGACAGAAAAGGAGAAGGGACAGUGUGGCAUUGGGAAGUCUUGCCUGUGCAAUCGUUUUGUUCGCCCCAGUGCUGAUGAGUUUCAUUUGGACCAUACCUCUGUCCUCAGCACCAGUGACUUUGGUGGGAGGGUUGUCAAUAAUGACCACUUCUUGUAUUGGGGAGAAGUGGGGCGCUCCCUGGAGGACUGUGUGGAAUGUAAGAUUCACAUUGUGGAGCAGACUGAAUUUAUUGAUGACCAGACUUUUCAGCCUCACCGGAGCACUGCCCUGCAGCCUUACAUCAAAAGAGCUGCAGCCACCAAACUUGCAUCAGCAGAGAAGCUCAUGUAUUUUUGCACUGACCAGCUGGGGCUGGAACAGGACUUUGAACAGAAACAAAUGCCAGAAGGAAAGCUGCUGAUCGAUGGCUUUCUUCUCUGCAUCGAUGUGAGCCGGGGCAUGAACAGGAACUUUGAUGAUCAGCUUAAGUUUGUUUCCAACCUUUAUAAUCAACUGGCCAAGACAAAAAAGCCUAUAGUGGUGGUUCUGACAAAGUGUGAUGAGGGAGUAGAGCGGUACAUUCGAGAUGCACAUACUUUUGCCUUAAGCAAAAAGAAUCUCCAGGUUGUGGAGACUUCAGCUCGAUCUAAUGUGAAUGUGGACUUGGCUUUUAGCACUUUAGUGCAGCUCAUUGAUAAAAGUCGGGGGAAAAUGAAAAUCAUCCCUUACUUUGAGGCUCUGAAGCAGCAGAGCCAGCAAAUAGCAACUGCAAAAGACAAGUAUGAGUGGCUAGUGAGCCGCAUCGUGAAGAGCCACAAUGAGAAUUGGCCGGGCGUCAGCCGAAAGAUGCAAUCUUCUCCCGAGUACCAGGACUAUGUCUACCUCGAGGGCACACAGAAAGCCAAGAAACUCUUCCUACAGCAUACUCACCGUCUCAAGCAUGAACACAUUGAGCGGCGCAGAAAGCUGUAUCUUGCAGCCCUCCCGCUGGCUUUUGAAGCUCUCCUCCCCAACCUUGAUGAGAUUGACCACUUGAGUUGCAUCAAAGCUGAAAAAUUAUUGGAAACCAAGCCAGAAUUCCUAAAGUGGUUUGUUGUGCUUGAAGAAACACCUUGGGAUACCACCAGCCACAUUGACAACAUGGAAAACGAACGGAUACCUUUUGAUUUAAUGGAGACUCUGGCUGCUGAGCAGCUGUAUGAGGCCCAUUUAGAGAAGCUGAGGAAUGAGAGGAAAAGAGCCGAGAUGCGAAGGGCUUUCAAAGAAAACCUAGAGACAUCUCCUUUCAUAACUCCUGGGAAGCCUUGGGAAGAGGCUCGUAGUUUUAUCAUGAAUGAAGAUUUUUACCAGUGGCUGGAAGAAUCUGUAUAUAUGGAUAUCUACAGCAAACACCAAAAACAGAUUAUAGACAAAGCCAAGGAAGAAUUUCAGGAACUACUUCUAGAAUAUUCUGAGUUGUUCUAUGAACUAGAACUUGAUGCUAAACCUAGUAAGGAAAAGAUGGGUGUCAUUCAAGAUGUAUUGGGUGAAGAGCAGCGAUUUAAAGCACUGCAGAAGCUACAGGCAGAGAGGGAUGCUCUCAUCUUAAAGCAUAUUCAUUUUGUGUAUCACCCAACCAAGGAGACCUGCCCCAGCUGCCCGAUGUGUGUAGACUCCAAAAUUGAACACUUGAUUAGUUCUCGGUUCAUCAGACCUUCUGAUCGCAAUCAGAAAAACUCACUUUCCGAUCCCAACAUAGAUCGAAUCAAUCUGGUUAUUCUUGGCAAGGAUGGUCUUGCUAGAGAAUUGGCGAACGAGAUUCGAGCUCUGUGUACAAAUGAUGACAAGUAUGUGAUAGAUGGCAAAAUGUAUGAACUUUCUCUGAGGCCAAUUGAGGGUAAUGUCAGACUUCCUGUAAAUUCUUUCCAGACGCCAACCUUUCAGCCCCAUGGUUGUCUCUGCCUUUAUAAUUCAAAGGAGUCUCUCUCUUAUGUUGUAGAAAGUAUUGAAAAAAGUAGAGAGUCAACACUUGGCCGUAGAGACAAUCAUUUGGUUCAUCUUCCCUUGACACUAAUAUUAGUUAACAAGCGAGGAGACACUAGUGGUGAAACACUGCAUAGCUUAAUACAGCAAGGCCAACAGAUUGCCAGCAAGCUGCAGUGCGUCUUUCUGGAUCCAGCUUCUGCUGGCAUCGGUUAUGGGCGCAAUAUCAAUGAGAAGCAAAUUAGUCAAGUUUUGAAAGGACUUUUGGACUCAAAGCGUAACUUAAAUCUUGUCAGUUCAACGGCUAGCAUCAAAGAUUUGGCUGACAUCGAUCUACGGAUUGUAAUGUGUCUAAUGUGUGGAGAUCCAUUUAAUACAGAUGACAUUCUUUAUCCUGUUCUCCAGUCCCAAACAUGUAAGCCUUCUCAGGGCGGCAGCAACAACUCGGUUUUACUUGAAUUACCAAUAAUAGGACCCCACAAAAAGCGCAUCGAAUUGUCGAUUCUUUCAUACCAUUCCUCAUUUAGCAUUAGGAAAAGCCGAUUGGUUCAUGGGUACAUAGUUUUUUAUUCAGCCAAACGGAAGGCCUCCUUGGCUAUGUUACGUGCCUUUCUUUGUGAAGUGCAGGACAUCAUUCCCAUUCAGCUUGUAGCUCUCACUGACUGCACAACCGAUGUUCUGGACAAUGACCUGAGCCGGGAACAGUUGACCGAAGGAGAGGAGAUAGCCCAAGAGAUUGACGGAAGGUUCACUAAUAUCCCCUGUAGCCAGCCUCAGCAUAAACUGGAGAUCUUUCAUCCGUUUUUCAAAGAUGUGGUAGAGAAGAAGAACAUCAUUGAGGCUACCCAUAUGUAUGAUAAUGUUGCUGAAGCCUGUAGUACUACUGAAGAAGUCUUUAACUCUCCCCGUGCUAGCUCCCCUCUCUGCAACUCCAAUCUUCCUGACUCCGAAGAAGACAUUGAACCCUCAUCCUAUAGUCUCUUCCGAGAAGAUACAUCCUUGCCAUCCUUGUCCAAAGAUCAUUCUAAGCUUUCCAUGGAGCUAGAGGGAAAUGAUGGUCUGCCUUUCUUUUCAAAUUUUGAGAGUAAGCUCAACAACAAAGUACCUCCACCAGUGAAACCAAAGCCUCCUCUCCAUUAUGAUAAAGGAGAUCUGUCUUAUCUGGACCAAGGGCAUAAGGAUGCCCAGAGAAAGUCAGUGUCUUCUAGCAGCUGGCUCCCUGCUGACGGGUUUGAUCCUUCAGAUUAUGCAGAGCCGAUGGAUGCUGUGGUCAAACCACGCAAUGAGGAGGAAAAUAUCUACUCUGUGCCACAUGACAGUACCCAAGGCAAAAUCAUCACCAUCCGGAACAUCAACAAGGCCCAGUCCAAUGGAAGCGCCAACGGCUCUGACAGCGAAAUGGACACCAGCUCUUUAGAGCGAGGGCGCAAAAUGUCUAUGGUGAGCAAACCCGUAUUGUACAGGACGCGGUGCACGCGCCUCGGGCGCUUUGCCAGCUACAGGACCAGCUUCAGUGUGGGCAGUGACGACGAGCUGGGGCCCAUCCGGAAAAAAGAGGAGGACCAAGCCUCCCAGGGAUACAAAGGGGACAAUUCCGUGAUCCCUUAUGAAACAGAUGAAGACCCGAGGAGGCGGAACAUUCUGCGCAGUCUCCGAAGGAACACUAAGAAACCAAAGCCUAAACCCCGGCCAUCUAUCACUAAGACGACGUGGGAGAGUAACUAUUUUGGGGUGCCUUUAAACACCGUAGUAACUCCAGAGAAGCCUAUUCCCAUUUUUAUUGAGAGAUGCAUUGAAUACAUUGAAGCAACAGGGCUGAGUACCGAAGGCAUCUACAGAGUGAGCGGAAAUAAAUCUGAGAUGGAGAGCCUUCAGAGGCAGUUUGAUCAAGACCACAACCUGGAUCUGGCUGAGAAGGACUUCACCGUGAAUACGGUGGCAGGUGCCAUGAAGAGCUUCUUUUCUGAGCUGCCGGACCUGGUGCCCUACAGCAUGCAGAACGACCUGGUGGAGGCCCACAAAAUCAAUGAUCGGGAGCAGAAGUUACACGCUCUGAAGGAGGUGCUAAAGAAAUUCCCGAAGGAGAACCAUGAAGUCUUCAAAUAUGUCAUCUCUCACCUGAACAAGUACGUGGGUGGUGCUCAUCAUCUGGCUCUUCCCCACUCGGAGUGUUUCCUGUGGUUCUUGACUGAUUGAUAGACCACUGACGCUCUUGGAGUGGAGGGGUUUUCUGCUUCCCAAAAUGCUUCCCUUACAUACCCCUGUGAGGUAGGUUUUGGAAAUGUUAUUUUCCAGAUUCAGUGGAAGAGAAAACUGAGAUGCAAAAGCAUCUCAAAAAGGAGUGUCUCUCCUUGGUCACAGAGAGUGGGGUGUUGGGCCCAGGACCUAGCCCGGUUGCAUUGUCUGUUGGGUGAUACUGGCUGGCUCCUGGGAAGUUUGGUUUAUCAGAAUUUUAGUCUCAGGCUGAGGGUGAAAGUGUGCUGUGUCUCAGUGGUCAAGAGCUCACUUUGCCUCAACGUUAAGAGAUUUGUCUGUGUCUGCGAUCAACCAGAGAAUCUCUGUGAUUCAGAAUGGGGCUCGCUCUCGGUCAGGCCCAUCCGGCUUCCUCGGAUAGACAGGGAUGCUGACCUGCCAUCCUGAGUGGUCAGAAUUCCCUCUGUCCACAGAGGCAAUAGAGGAUGGAGCGACUUCAGCGGUGUGUGGAGCCCCCUUUCCUGGAGUUUGUGGAGGAGCUUCCAGAAUAGGGACAGGGUGUUCUGUGCCCAAUCUCAAAGUAGAGGAGACCCUUGCUUGAGCACGAGUCCUUUCAUAAGUCCCCCAGCAGGGGCUGCCACUGGGCCUUCUGGGCCCUGUGGUCAGUGUGGGCAGCUUCUCCAUGAAGCUCAGUUACUGUUCUCUAGGCCCAGCAGGACGAGUCUGCGUUCUCUUCCAGGGACUGGCCUUCGGUUCCUCCAGGUUAGACCCCAGCCCCUGGAGGUUUCUCUUUUUCAGGCAAGAUGUGCAAGGUUUUUUCCACCCAUUCCUCAUACAGCAUCUUCUGAAACUCCUCUGUGUUCUCUUGGCUAACCUCUGGACAUUCAGCAGCUGAUUGGUGUCCUUCAGUCAGCAGACUGAACCUGCUUCUCCAAAAAUGGUGUCUCUCCAGGGCACAGGCCAGCGCACGGGCACGGCCCCUGGCCUAAACACUUGAUGCCUCAGAUAGCCAGGGACCUGGCCACUGGUGGUGACCUUGGAGGUCCAUGCAGACCUCCCGGGCGUUUCAAAUACCUCUUGAGCCAUGGUUUAUGCCACUGGCUUACUCUUGCAAGAAAGAUUUUUUUUAAUCCAAGUAGAAGAAUUCACAUUUAUAGCUGCUAGAUUUCAUCAUCCUCAAUUUGGCUGCUGGUGUAGCUACCGAGGGGCUUGGAGAUCCUGACCUGUCCUUCCUGGCUUUGUGUAACUGCAGCCUCGGUGCUUUCAUCUCAGUCAGUGAGAGGAGCCAAGCAGGACCCCAGGACCCUCCACAGGUUCUCUGGCCCAGCCAGGCCCACACUUUCUGGCACCUUGUCCCUAAGGCUCCCAGGAGGGGUUCUCUCUGAUCCAUGAAGUUGGCCUGGUGUGUCCUGUGCUGCCCGAAGCUGCCUUCGAGUGACUUCUACGAACCCUUUUCCAAGAGGAUCACUCUGUAGCCCUUUUUGGGGCUUGAAUCCUCUUCAGUCUCGCAGAGCAUUAUUGAGACAGCCUUUGUCCCCCACUCUUGGGGCUCACAGAGCCUAGAUGACUCCAGUGAGUGCAGACCCCAACAGCCCAAAGGCUGCUCAGGCCAAGGCCCCAUGCAGUGAAGGAAACCCAUAGGAUUCAAACAGUGGCUGCCAUCUAGGGCCUUCCCAGAGCAAGCCUUUAGAAUCGUCCCACUGCCUUUGCAAUCUUGUGGUGAGACUUCCCUGGCAUUUUGGAUCAUGAGGUCCCCCUGGCCCUCCUCUUACAACUUUGAAAUCUUGUCUCUAAAUAUGUGGGCUGCGGCUCGGUCUUGACCAGCUUUCAUCUCUUUUCCCAUCACCCUUUGGUCACUUGUCCCCUGCCACCCUUUCUGCUUCAUCCUUCUUCAUGAGAAUUGGGUCCAAAGUCGUCCUGAAUGAUUGGAUACUCCAGGCCAAGGCAGAAAGCCGGGGUACAUGCACAUCCCCAGACCAGGUGCGCUGCUCUUCUGGGAUGCCCAGGGAAUCCGUACCUUCUCCUGACAUGGAGAUUCUUCUGUUGCUGCAGCGCUGGUUCUCACUCGUGCUUGUGUGCCUGCCCCCUGCCCACCUUGGAUGUUUGGUCCCUUUCUUGGGCCCUUGUGGGUCUGACCCCAUUGAGGCUACAAUAAUGAGCCUCCUCUGUUUUAGGGUUUCUCACUGGUCUUGUGCACAGACAUCUGAGCUUAUGAGCCUCCUUGCUUCCUUUACUGGUCUGCCUCCACAACUACUUUUUGAGAUUCUGACUUCCUAAGAGUUCUCUGUUUCCAAGGGAGAGCAGUAGACAAGGCCCUGGACCUGGAUUCGAGAUGACCCCAGACUCUAGCCCCGCCUCAGACACUUAAUCCCUGGACAAACCACUUCACCUCAGGCUACCUCAGUUUCCUUCUCUGUAAAAAUAGGAUGAUCCCAACCAUCAUGUCUUAGGGGCUACUGUGUGGCUCUGAUGAGAUCCUAUUUGUAGAAUUCUUUGCAAAUAUUGAAGCACUGUAUAAAUGCUCUCACAGUGAUUUUUUCCUGCUCCGAAUCUGUCCUGGCCUUCAACCAGUAGCAGUCGGUUGAAAAUAUCACAUCGGGUUCCUGGUCUGUCUUCCAGGAUUUCCCAAUUCUUUAUAGUGCUUUCUUGGUUCACUCUGAAAAAGGGGAAAGGAAACAUGAAUUUAUUAAGUGUCUCCUUUGUACAAGUAAUCAUGCCAUUUGAUCCUUACGACCACUCUGGGAGGUAGGUACUAUUGUCAUCCCCACUUCAUAGCUGCAGAAACUGAAGCAGACAGCAUUCAGUGACUUUGCCCAGAAUCAUCUGGCUAGUAAGUGUCUAAGGUUGGAUUUGAAAUCAGGUCUUCCCACCUAUGUGAAUGACCAAAAGUAUUUCCCAUACCCGUCCAGCUUGACAAUUUUGUGGUGUUCUCAGCCUUCCCCAGGAGACCAGCAUGCUCUCUUGCAAUUAUCAAAAGAACUACCACUGUGGCCACCACCAUUCCCCAUUUUCCUGUUUUUCCCAUCACAGUCCCUGUAGAGCCACAUGGUGGUUCUUGGCGGGCUGAGAGGCUGCCCCCUCCCUAGGGGGCCCAGCUCCCUGAUCCUUUGGAAGAGCCUUAUUGCUUUGAUUUAGCUCCAGGUUUUCAGUGGCCCUUCUUGUCAUCUUCCUCUGCCCCCAUUAGAAUUUUCCUUCCUCCUUCAGAUCUCUGCCCCUUUUUCCCUCCCCCUCCCCCCCGCCUUUUUUCACAUGUAAGUUCCUAUUCUUUUAAAAGGAAGGUUUCAUUCUGUCAGAUAACCAGGGAGAGGAAAAGCACUUUUUCAGCUGUCACUAGCGAUAACAGCUGCUUGGCCUUCACUAAAAGGCAGAUAUUGGACAUCCUGUGCAGCGCACCCAGUAUUUUGCCUGUUCUUCAUACUAGCUGGAAUUGGUAUCCUCCGUUCUCUGCCAUCCCUGCUGGUAGCUUACAUGCGCCUGUAUUGGAGAGCUCUGGAUCACCCCUGAGGUUCAGGACUCGGCUCCCUCAGAUAUCCUGAGUUCUCAAGAGCUUAAGAACGUCCUAGCUGAUACCUCCUGAGGCCCCGAGCUAACCGGGCCAAUCACCUAAACCAGCUCUAUAUCAUCUG